AUGGCCGAACACCUCAGCAUCCAGAUCCCCUCCCCGACAACCGUCCUGGACAGCGUCCAACUCCGCGACAUCCAACUCCCUCUCCCCAUCGGCCCGGACCCCUGGCAUCGCGCCGGCAAACCGCAACCCUGCACCGCCUCCCUGAAACUCUCGUACUCGUCCGCCAUCGCCGCGGCCGCGGCCGACGACGUCUCCCUCUCCCUCGACUAUGGCAAGCUCUACCGCCGCCUGGAGGAGGAUAUCCGCCACAUGGGCACGCACGGCCCCGCCGCGGGGCAGCACAUGGUCAGCGCGGACGGCGCGCGGCGCGAGGAGAUGCAGCGCGCGGAGCCUGGCCAGGACGUGCGGCUGACGGCGGGGAUCGUCGCGAACUGCGGGCUGGGGCUGCUGGAUGAGACGGCCGCGGGGAUCCGGCGGAUGUCGCAUGUGCAUCAGAGUGGGCGGCGGGGCAGCGCGAGUGCCAGUGCUAGCGCGGCGGCGGCGGCGGCGGAAGCGCAGGCCUCUGCUGCGGCGUCGGCGGCCCCGAUCGAUGCGGCGUUCGGGCGGUGCGAGGUGUGGCUGACUCUGCCCAAGGCGCUGCUACGCGCGGAGGAGGGCCUGAAGUACCGGAGCGUUACGGUCUGGGGGUAUCGGCAGGGAGAGUCGGGUCAGGCGCUGGACUCGGAUCGGUGUGCGGUGGUGCUGGAGGAGGAGUUCCGGAUUGAUGGGAUCCGGUGCCAUUGUAUCCUUGGGGUGAAUUCCCAUGAGCGGGUUGAGAAGCAGGCGGUGAUUGUCUCGCUGGAAUUCAAGGGUCCUGGCCAGCUGGCCUGGGGGUCGAGGGUUGUGGAUACAUACCAGCAGAUGACUCGGACGGUUGCUGAGCGAGUCGAUGAAACCUCGUUCCAGACCGUGGAGGCCCUGGCUACGUUUGUCGCGCGCAUCGUGACCGUGGAGUUUGGCAAUGAGCGGGUCACCGUGCGGGUAGAAAAGCCCAGCGCACUGGCGUUUGUGGACAGAUCUGGGGUCGAGAUCACCAGGUCACAGGCUUUUUUCGAGAAUCGAACGGUUAGAGUAUAG